UUUACAAGUCGAAGCUUUUAUUAGAUGCAGGUAAAAUGUAUCUUCUGACACUUAUUUGCUUAUUUUGUGCUUCCUUCGUAGCGGGGAGCGAAACAGUAUGCCCAGAUGAAAACAUCGAUCCGUGCGUCUGCACACCUAUUGGUUACCAUACCUCCACCAUAACCUGCAACCACGUUGAAAAUGAAAACGAUCUACAAGUUGCAUCUUUUUUCCUUCGUAACACUCCGAUCAGGGCUUUCGAAAUCAUUAGCUCGGCGAUGAACUAUUUGCCAAGCAAGGUGUUUCAGGGUUUGGAAAUUUACAAACUUAAUAUUUUUGACUCAAGCUUCAUGUCUUUCAGUGAUACCGACACGGCUUUCGUAGGUCUAGAGAAGACGCUGCAGGUCUUGAACAUCCAGGAGACCCUUGUUUACAAUGGCUGGGAAUGGUCUCAGCUGAGGAAAUUGUCUAUGUUGAAGGAGAUUUACGUCAUUAAGUCUGGACCCCUCACGGUUGAUACCGACAUGAAUCAGAUUGCGCACCUAAAUUUGGAAAAGCUAACCCUUCAGAAUAACGCUAUUUCUUUUGUUCACCCGUAUGCCUUUAUUUCUUUCAAGAAAUUGAAGGUAUUGUCCAUGAAGCAGAAUGAGAUAACCCAGUUGAGAAGAAGUAUGUUUCCCACUCCAGCGAAUGAACUUCUGCAAAUGAUUUUCAGCUAUAAUAAACUGGAAACAAUACCACGGGAUAUGUUCACCGAAAUGCCGAAACUGCAGUCCGUCGUCCUGGCUUCAAACCGCAUUCUCAGCAUAGACAAGAAUACUUUUGCACCAGUCUGGAACAAUCUGAAGAUGCUCAACUUGGAUGAUAAUCAUUUACGCUGUGAUUGCAGAAUGAAGUGGAUGUUGUCCGUAUCCUUCCCGAGGAACACUUGGGCCAAGUGUGCAGAACCACAAUCUUUGAAGGGCAAACCUAUUCAGAAUCUCACCAAUAAUGACUUAUGGUGCUAGUAGUUGCAAAUAAACAUAAAUUUACUUGUUUUCUGUUCA